CGGGUGUACACUGUGAAACAGGGUAAAAGAAAUAUGUAUCGUCGACGAAGAUAUCUACUCUUACAACUCUCUUUGAAAGAACAGGAUUUCACGCAUAAUUUUAUACGAAACAGUUAUAAAUAACACAUACUUUGCCAGGUAAACAUCUAAGCUGUCGAUCGGACCAAGACGGGAGCAAAAUGCCGCGAACCAGGAAUAAAAAGAAAGGAGGUAGGCGUAGUGCUGACGUAAGUGAAGAUGAAACGUUUGAUGACAGAGUCAGUGUUGCGAGCAGCAAGUUGUCUGACCAUGAUAGUCUCCCACAAUUGGAAGAUGGGGACGAAGGGUCGGAUGAUGUCGUGGAAGCAGGGGAUGAAUUUGAAGACAAACUGAAAGAAUUCAUUGAUGGUACUUCACAGAAAAGUGCAAAAGGAAGACUGACAUGUUUAGAAGGGAUACGGUCAUCAUUGAGUAGAAGAUACAUCUACGAAUUCAUCUAUGAAAGGAAAAUUACAAUAGCGGAUUGUAUCGAACGAUGUCUGAAAAAAGGUAAAAGUGAGGAACAGUCAUUAGCUGCUGUCAACUCAAUAUUGCUAUGUUGUCAACUGGGUGCAGGUGAAGAGAGCGAAGCAAUUUUCAACAGUUUCAGACCUAUUUUAACCACUAUAAUACAAGAUAAAAAUGCAUCAGCUAAAUCCAGAGCUAGUUGUUCAACGGCUCUUGGUCUAUCAUGUUUCAUUGCUUCUGGUGAUAUGUUGGCCGUUAAGGAAAUUAUGUCCGUGCUAGAAUUGGUGUUUAAAGCUUCAUAUCUAAAGGGUGACGGUAGUUCUCCAUCGCAUUCACCAAAUGAAUCUGCCAUACAUACCUCAGCACUGUCAGCGUGGACACUAUUAUUAUCAAUAUCACCAAUAACGCAUGUACAGUCCCUCAUAUCAAGUCAUUUACCUAAAAUAUUAGAAUUAUUGCGAAGUGAGGAUGUCAACCUUAGAAUUGCUGCUGGGGAAGCCAUUGCACUGUUUUAUGAAUUAGCUAGAGAACAAGACGAGUUAUUUGUAGGUGAGGAUAUUGACAGUCUUAAAAUCACAUUAAAAGAACUAGCCACUGACAGUAACAAAUACAGAGCCAAGAAGGACAGACGGCAACAAAGGUCCAGCUUCAGAGACAUUCUCAGGACGGUUGAGGAUAAUGACUACCCAUAUGAGCUGAUUAAAUUUGGCAUGGAAGCUGUUGAGCUUGACAGUUGGGUUAAAAAGCGUCAAUAUGGCGCCCUCAGGGACGUAUUGGGUGCAGGAAUGAAUUUACACCUCAGAGAUAAUGACCUAUUACGUGAAAUAUUCGGACUUGGUGCUUCUCUUUCGUUAGCCGAAUGUAAAGCGAUGAAACUUAGUAAAUUUGAAAGACAUGCCUACAACUCUGCAGCUUUUAAAGCGAGAACGUUGUCAAGAGGAAAACAGAGAGAUACAAAGCAAGUGGCUGCUUAUUAAUGGUCUGCAACUUCACUGGAUGCCUCAUAAUAUCCCUUCCUUCAUAAAGUCAUCACUGGGCUUGAUAUUUCCAACAAAUGUUUGUAUUCAAGCUAUGUGGGUGAUGUUGUACUUGAUUUUGGAGAAACAUCAACUGGUACCACCUGUAGAUGUAAAAUAUUGUUAUCAAAGUUGUCACUUUAAUACAGUGACCUCUACCUUGUAAUCCCUGAUAACGUUUGAAGAAUUUCAAAUUAGUAAAAACAUGAAAAUUGAAUUGCCCUUUGCAUUUAUGGUUGAUCUGGGUUGGAAAUAAGUUUGUUUACUGGUAAUGGGAGGGUAGGGUGUAUAGUAGUUUGAUGAUGCACAUGGGUGCUUUCUGUAUAAUGUGUUUGAAACUAUACAAAAAAUGUUAUUUAUUUUUGAUAACCUAUGCACUACAACUGUAUUUCAAGUAAUAUUUAAAUUGGAUGCCAUGGUAUGUAAUGACUAGCAAGUCAUCCUUUUGUUAAAGUUUGGCCGCUUCUGCAGAACACACUCGCAAUGUUGUCGUUGUUUGAGAAAGAUUAAUAUACAGCACAGUUUGUGAGACAUCUGCUGAAAAAUAUCAGAAACUUGAAUUACCUCACUUUGAAUUAUGUAAAAAAGAGAAAAAAAUCUAUAUAAUUGAGGAUGUGUUUAUUACAAAAAGGAUGUUAUAUUUCUCUCGUAAGCAUUAUAUAUGAAAGCAUUGGCACUUGCUUACUGUGUUUUAAGAUUCUAAGGAUGGUGGUUGUUCUGGCGUAUCAUGUUAUACAAGACCCAUCUACUCAGUAUGCUUGAAAUUCAACAAGUGCUACAAGACGUCCACUACUUUUUAAAGACAGUGAUGCACAGUUCAACUCAACUAUCAUCAUCGGGUAGUGUUUUCAGUAAAAAAAAAGCAUUUAUUGAAUUUUAACUCCAAAUUGGUAUACAAAUUUAAUAUAUUACAGAAAUAUACAGAAAAAGUGAUAACAUUUCAUUUUGUUGGCGUCAAUGACAUAGGCAGUGUGUUGGUUUUAUCAAGUUGUUGUUUUCUUAGUACACUCAAUUACAAGUAUUAUUUAUUUUGUGGCUCGUAUCAUCAUGGUCAUGCCAUAUGGGUAUCGUCCACACUAUUUAACCAAGAGUACUUCUAAAAGAAAAGGCUAUAUAUCGCAGUAAAACAACAGCAGAGUAAUUUCAG